CACACACACACACACACUAUGAAGGUCCAUUUUGUGAGAGCUUCACUUUUUCUAAUAAUCAUGAGGCAGCACUGAUGAAGAGUCUAAAACAGCAGCAUCAUCAUCCUCAUCCAUCGGACAGACAGAAAUGACUCAUUGCGCACAGUCAGUCAGUCAGUCAGUCGGGGUGCGUGAAUUUUACGCGUUGCUGUGGAGGAUCGAUGAAACCUCCAAUACCCAUAUUGUGGUCGUCUGUGCAAGGCGUGGCUUGGUGUCACUGACACACGGUUGAUUUUCCACGUUCAUUCCCAGGGUUUAGCCACGGACGCGCAAACGGCACCGCGCGGCACGGGACAUAAAAGCGUCUGUGAAGAGACUUAGGUCAAGCAACUGUUUCCAAGUUUGGAUUACAACGAAACUCAAAGACUUAACUCAGUGAGAACAUGGGAACUAACCCAAAAAGGACAGUGACGGUCCAGAUGGUGCCUCAGCUGGCUGCGGUGGACGCACUAGGCAAUAAGGAGCCUAAUGCCAACUGGACUAAAGAGGCCGACCUGAAACUCUCACAGGUUUGUCCAAACCCCAUCCUCACAUCUCCUGAUCACACACAGGACAACUUACCAGUGACUGCUGCUCCCACUAACAUCAUCCCACACACCCCAAAAACAGCUAACAAGGGAAGUGAACCAAUUCCAGACCAUGGAAACCAGAUAAAAACUGAGCAAGUGACAGGUGGAGACCAACAGAUGCCAGAUACUUCUCUACCUGGCAACGGUGCGGGUGAGGCAGGGGGCGACCAGAGGGAUUCUAACGCUAAUAUGAAAAUGUUAAGCCUGGGUGAUGAAAAGGAUAUAAGUACGGCUGGUGUGCCAUCUGCUCUGACAGCGUCAACAGUCGACAUACACGCCAGUGACUGCAGAAUAAAAGGGCCAAGUGCAGCAGCGGAGCAGUGUGUAAAGCUGCCGUCCUCGGCCAAAGACAAAGCACCAGAGGACAACAAUAAUGAAUACGUUACUACAAGUAAUAAAAAUCUUAUCAAUGCCUGUGAUUCAAAACAAACAGCAUCUGCACAUCAAGAGGGAAGUGAAGGCAGUAUAUCGGCUAACAAAAACCAGGACACUGCUACAAUACAGAAAUCUAUGGACCCUGAUCAUAUACCAAACCCUUCACAGAGCUGUGACAGUCUGCAAGAGACUCCCACACCUGAGAAAAGCCUGGACACUAUAACUCCACUCAGCUCUAUUAAGCCUCUGUCCGUCGGCAGAGAAGAAGAAGACAGGUCUACAAAUUACAAUUCAACUUCAACUGUGUCAGAGAAGCAACUGGAGAAGAAAAAACAAGUCUCCUCAGAUAAACAUCAGCCAUUGUCUUCACAGUCGGCCUCUGCUUCUCUGCCGCAGGCUAAACAAAUCAUACAGGCGUGUGGGCAGGUGGCUGAAGGAGCCGGCCAGACUAUCACAGCUGUCUCUGAAGGGCAGCAGGAGCACUACAAACUCUACAGGGAGGCUUCCACCAUGACCUCAUCCCUGUCAUCCACCACAGUCAAGCAGUGUCAUGAUAUGGAGGUGCAAGCAGUGGCUAACAUGUGCAGUAAAGCCGUGGCCACAAGUCCGAGCUUGCUGCCUUUGAGCCGCAGGCUGAGCGGUGCUGCAGUCCCUCAGGAGGACGUGCAGAGCUUGGCUGUAGUCUAUCAGGAGGACAGGGGUGUGUGUCUCCAGGAGACGCACAAGACUCCUGUAUCAACCUCUACUGAUCCAAGGUCAGAGAGACUUACAGUAGAGGCAGAGAUGUGUCAUAACCAAACUGCAGCCAUGGUUUCUAACUCCAAACCAGAUGGAGGAAUUGGAGUUGAGCUUAAAGAACCUGUGCCAGCUCGAUGUAACAUCCAGCCAGUUUAUCAAAUCAACAUUGAACACAGCAGCCAGAGGGAGCAGGGAGAGACUGGUAACUCCCAGUGUAAAACUGCAGCUCAGACAUCUGCAGCAAAAACAAGCACUGCUGAAGCUCCCACUCUCAAAUCAGGAACUCCCCCAGCGACAGCGGGUGCUUCCAAGUCUGGAUCUGCUGACUGUAACAAUACUGCACCGUCUCAGGCUGCUGUUGCCACCAAGCCUGACCGGGCACCGCAAACAAAAGCAGCAAAAAACACCACAUCCAAAAAAAAGGAAGCACAUGCGGGCAAAAAGAAGACGGGCCCGGAAGGAAAAAGCAAGGGCGAUGAUCAGUCAGGAAAGACGAAAGACAAGAGCGUCCAUGACGUCGUCUGGGAUGAACAAGGGAUGACUUGGGAGGUUUACGGGGCCUCUGUAGACCCAGAGUCCCUUGGUUUUGCCAUUCAGAGCCACUUGCAGUGCAAAAUUAAGGAGCAAGAGAGGAAACUAAUAGUCCAGACUUCCCUCCGAAAGUCAGUCUCUGCUGUCGACUCACCACAACAAGACAGGAAGAACAAAAGGAGGCAGCAGAACAUUUUCAGGUCAAUGCUGCAAAAUGUCAGGCGGCCCAACUGCUGCGUGCGUCCCCCUCCGUCCUCUGUCCUUGACUAGCACAGCACAGAGAAAGAGCCAAUGUCGGGCUCCCCUCUUUUCCUAGAGGUCAAAAUGUUUGUCCUCCGCUCGUCACGACUCUAAAGCCAAGUGAAACAGUGAUGGGUUGACGGUCCCUGUAAGUAAGUGAGUAUACCGGAAUGUUGUUGCAUUAAAGAGUCAAACUACUUGUGAUGUUUGUGAUCAAAGGAAGUAGGAAAUAGAAAAAAAAUAUGAUGAACUCAAGACUUAUUUUCUAGAAAUAGAUAAUAUAUAUAUAAAAAAAACAAGAGAGAGAAAACUUCUAGCAAUUUUUAAAUAAUAAAGGCAAUAAUAGUAAAAAAACGCAUGUAUAUUAGUUACGAUGGCAGUUGUACUGUAUAUCUUAUAAAUGAAUCCAGAUCUUCACAUUGUAUGACAUUCAUCAUGGAAUAGACAUAUUACUUACUGUCGGAAUGUCUGUGCAAACAUGUUACACCUACAUCUCAUCACAUUUGGUGCGUUUCUAUAUGUUUCUGAGGUGUUUUAGGGCUCUAUAUUUAUAAGAUGGCUGUAUUUUCUUUUUGUGCACAUUUAUUUUUAGUAAGUGUUUAUGCUGUUUAAAAGAAAAAGAGGAAAGAAAAUGCAUACAUGCACUGUUUAAUCUCUGUUAUAUGGUUUUCUAUUAAAGUAACCGAAAAAAGAACAAGUAGACUUUCUUCAUUUGUGAUGUGUUAACGGACUUGAAACAAGUAAAGCACCUCUGUCAUAUUACAGAAAUAAAAAUAGUCAAAAAGUAAGUGUGAGGCAACAUCAGUGAUAUUCACAGGAGAUGUAACAGUGUGAGUAAAGGUACAGUAUGUGAUACGCUGGUGAUAGACCAGUGUCAGGCUCAGUGGGACAUUUCUGUGAGCUCUAACAAGGUUACAAAUAGGGAAGAGCUGAUACAAUAUUCAGUAUUGGUAUCGGUCCAAUCCAAGUUAAAAGGACUGGAUCAAAUAUCGGUAAAAGAAUAUCAUGAAAUCUGAUACAAUCUCAAACCCCUAAAUAUUGCAUAGGUGUUUUACUAAGCUCAAGCUGUACAGAGACACAUGUGACGAGAAUGCACGUUUGCCACACUGUAGUGAUCAUGUGAGCUCUGUGGACUCAUUUUUCAAAUAAAAGAAAAAGUUUGUAAAAUGACAAAAUGUCGUAGUGAUAUUGGUAGAUACAUACAAGUGACUUGAUGGAUUGUUGCCUCAUAGGAAGAGGGUCACCUGAUUAGACCAUCAAAUCAAUUUUAUUUGUUUCGCGCCAAAUCCCAACAUACAUUGUCUCAAGGCGCUGUACAUAGUGAGGCAAAAACCUUUACGACAGUACAGAGAGAAGAGAAACCCCAACAGUUCACACAAUGAGCAAAGCACCAGGCAUCAGUGGAGAGAAAAAACAAGACUCAAAAAAAUGUGCGGCCAUCUGCCUCGGCAGGUUGUGGUGAAAGGGAAGAUGGGGCACAGACGAGAGGUGGGGGACAGAAAGAGGGGAGAGAAAUGAAAGAGGGAUGUGAGGUAGAGACAGAAGAGAGAUCAACCAGGAGCAGAUAUAUAAUAUAUAAUCAAAAUGAAUAUGUACACCUUGUCACCUGUAAGUGUAGGCGUUUCCCGUGUGUGUGAGUGACUUCUCUUCACCCACAGUCCAUAGAUUUGCAGAUGUGGGAUUAGGUUAAUUUGCCUCUCUUGGGUUGAAAAUGAACGACAAAGUGGUAUCGAUCCAUUCGUAGAUCUUAAGCGGGCGACAUCCAUUGCCUUUCCCAAAUGAAAACAGAGCCGCAGCAUUUCCAGACUUAGUUUUCAGGGUUGAGUGAUGCGGUUGGCAGGUGUAUCUGGAGCAGAAUGAAUGCAUUUUUAAACAGGGUAGUGCAAAUGUAGCCAGAGACUCAGGCUUGAGAGAAUAUAACACCUCUGUAUUCAACACUCGUGUAAUGGAUGUUUCUGAGGUAUGCAUGUUUAGUUUACAUUUAGUCAACAUCGCUUGUUUUAAUGUAAAAUCUCCCCUUGUAACCUGUGUCAAUCAGAAAA